GUUUUUGGCUUGUUUAGCGAUAUAUGAUCCUUAAAAUCUUCAGUGACAUGUUUGGACCCACCCAAAUGUGAAUUGUAAAACCUUUUGGAGAAGAUUGGCCACUAGUUAUUGGUGGUUGCUGUAGCUCUUAGCAUUAAGAGCUGUGCUGGAAUUCUACUUAUCAAGAACUUCCGACAGAGCAAAGCCUUCUCGAUUGAAAGGUCUAUAAACCUGAUAAGAAGAUGAUAGCUGAUGGUGUGGGAAUGUUUAUACUUCAUAGCUAGAUUUGGAUAUUAAUUAUACUUAUAAAUGCAAGUUCUUUAAACUCGUCUGUGAUGUGCACGAUUGGAUAUGGUUAUAGGAAAAGGAUUGUCUUCUUAAGCUCUCUUGGGAAUUACAGAUUCUGGGUUGCUCUUGCUGCAUUUCCAGGGCGUUAAUGGUUUGAAUUAUCAGUUAUGGGGUGGGGAAGAAGAGGGUGGCGGGUUGUUUUUGGAAUUGGGUUAUCUUUAUAGAUGAGUGAGGACUUGAGCUUUGCCUAUUUGCAAUAUCUUCAUGAUAGUCAGGUUAGGCCUCUUGGUUGCUGCUUCUAUUGCUGCCUUUGCAGCGAGGCAGCACAACGUCAAAAACUCAGCCUCAACAAGCAGGCAUUCAGAAAAUGGUGAAGCAAACUAUAAACAUCAAAGUGAGAAGGAAGACGAAGAGCAACUUACAUAUUCUAAUGAUAGCCUCAGAGAAAAGGAUGGGAAAGAUGAAGAGGAGGAGGAGGAAGAAGAGGAGGUUAAAUUAAUUAGCAGUAUAUUUGACCGUGCUCGUGAUAUUUCACCUGGUGAUAUUGAAGAUGAAGAUAUUUUACCUGAAUUUAAGGAUCUUUUAUCUGGGGAGAUUGAAAUCCCGUUACUUGUUAACAAGAUGGAAUCAAAAGAGAAACAUGUAUAUGAAACUGAGAUGGCAAACAAUGCAAGUGAGCUGGAACGGUUGCGUAAUCUGGUAAAGGAAUUGGAGGAAAGAGAAGUGAAGCUUGAAGGUGAAUUACUUGAGUACUAUGGAUUGAAGGAACAGGAAUCAGACGUCACCGAAUUACAAAGGCAGCUCAAGAUAAAGACAGUGGAGGUUGGCAUGCUAAAUAUUACUAUUAACUCUCUGCAGACUGAGAGGAAGAAGCUUCAAGAAGAGAUUGCGCAGGGAGUUUCAGCCAAGAAGGAGCUAGAGGCGGCAAGGUACAAACUCAAGGAGUUGCAGAGGCAGAUUCAGCUUGAUGCUAACCAGACAAAAGGCCAGCUACUGUUGCUCAAACAACAAGUGUCUGGUUUACAGGCAAAAGAGGAAGAAGCAGUCAAGAAAGAUGCUGAAAUUGAAAAGAAGCUGAAAGCUGUAAAGGAGUUAGAGGUGGAAGUCAUGGAGCUUAAGAGAAAGAACAAAGAACUUCAAAUCGAAAAGAGAGAACUAACUAUAAAAUUGAAUGCUGCUGAAGCAAGAGUAGCAGCCCUCUCCAACAUGACGGAGAGUGAUAUGGUUGCAAAUGUAAGAGAGGAGGUCAAUAAUUUAAAGCAUGCGAAUGAGGACCUGUCAAAACAAGUGGAAGGUCUUCAGAUGAACAGGUUUAGUGAAGUUGAAGAGCUAGUGUACCUUCGUUGGGUGAAUGCAUGCUUGAGGUAUGAGCUCCGGAACUAUCAGACACCUCAAGGAAAGGUAUCAGCUCGUGAUCUCAACAAGAGUCUGAGCCCCAAAUCGCAGGAGAAGGCCAAACAACUGAUGUUGGAGUAUGCAGGAUCAGAACGUGGGCAAGGGGAUACAGAUAUUGAAAGCAACUUUUCUCAUCCAUCCUCCCCUGGAAGUGAGGAUUUUGACAAUGUUUCUAUUGAUAGUUCCACAAGUCGGUAUAAUAGUCUCAGCAAGAAACCUAGUAUAAUGCAAAAGCUGAAAAGAUGGGGUAAAAGCAAAGAUGAUUCUAGUGCUCUUUCAUCUCCAAGUAGAUCUCUCUCUGGAGGCUCUCCAAGCAGGGCAAGUAUGAGCGUUCGACCAAGGGGUCCAUUGGAAUCCUUGAUGAUAAGGAAUGCUGGUGACGGUGUAGCCAUCACUACAUUUGGGAAGGUGGAUCAGGAACUUCCAGACUCCCCUCAAACUCCCAGUCUUCCGAACAUUAGAACACAGAUGUCUUCUAGCGACUCACCUAAUUCUGUUGCAGCAUCUUUCCAGUUGAUGUCGAAGUCGGUUGAAGGAGUUCUGGAUGAGAAAUAUCCUGCUUACAAAGACCGGCAUAAGUUGGCCUUAGAAAGGGAAAAACAAAUUAAUGAAAGGGCUCAGCAAGCAAGAGCAGAGAAGUUUGGUGACAAAUCAAAUGUAAAUUUGACAUACGAACCUAGAGCCAAGGCUGAGAGACCAGUAGCUUUACCACCAAAACUUGCCCAUAUAAAGGAGAAGGCAGUUAUUUUGGGUGAUUCAAGCAACCAAACUAACGAUGGUAACGCUGUUGAUUCUCAAGCAAUAACCAAGAUGAAACUUGCCCAAAUUGAGAAGAGGCCUCCUAGGGUACCUCGGCCGCCUCCUAAAGCAUCUGGAGAUGCCCCUGCUGGUACAACUCCCAAACCCUCAAGUGGAGUACCACCUCCUCCACCAGGUGGCCCACCACCGCCGCCACCCCCACCUGGUGGACCACCUCGUCCACCUCCUCCACCAGGAAGCCUGCCAAGGGGGGCAGGCAGUGCUGAUAAAGUGCACCGUGCUCCUGAGCUGGUUGAAUUUUAUCAGUCAUUGAUGAAACGUGAAGCAAAGAAGGAUACAUCAUCUUUAAUAUCUUCAUCAUCUAAUGUAUCUGAUGCGAGGAGCAACAUGAUUGGGGAGAUUGAGAACAAAUCAUCAUUCCUAUUAGCUGUGAAAGCUGAUGUAGAAGCUCAAGGUGAUUUUGUCAUGUCGUUGGCAGCUGAAGUUCGAGCAGCUUCCUUCACAAACAUAGAAGAUCUGGUAGCCUUUGUGAACUGGCUAGAUGAAGAGCUCUCCUUCUUGGUUGACGAAAGGGCUGUCCUCAAGCACUUUGAUUGGCCUGAAGGAAAAGUGGACGCACUAAGAGAAGCAGCGUUUGAAUAUCAAGACUUGAUGAAAUUGGAGAAGCACGUCUCCUCUUUUGUUGAUGAUCCCAAACUCCCAUGCGAAGCUGCAUUAAAGAAGAUGUACUCAUUGCUGGAAAAGGUGGAACAGAGUGUAUAUGCUCUCUUGCGUACAAGGGACAUGGCUAUUUCACGGUGCAAGGAGUUCGGAAUUCCGGUUGAUUGGUUAUUGGAUUCAGGCGUUGUUGGCAAGAUCAAGCUCUCAUCUGUUCAAUUGGCAAGAAAGUAUAUGAAACGUGUAGCUUCAGAACUUGAUGCAUUAAGUGGACCUGAGAAGGAACCGAUCAGAGAGUUUAUACUACUACAAGGAGUGCGAUUUGCUUUCCGUGUUCAUCAGUUUGCUGGAGGCUUUGAUGCAGAGAGCAUGAAGGCAUUUGAAGAGCUAAGGGGCCGCGUCAGCGGACAAACAGAAGACAAUAAGCAGGAACCGUAAAUUAAUUGAAAUUUUUUUUCCUUUUUAAUCUCCUGUUUCUGUUGUAAAUUUCAUGCGUAUUGAGCAUUUAUUACAAGGACAAGUCCAAUUCAAACCAAACGAAAAUUAAGUUAGAAAUAUUAUUCACAUGAAGAGUAAUUUCUAAGAGUUGUUGUGCAAGCUUUA